CUAUUGCGCUUUUUGGUAUAUAAAAAAUGAGAAAUUUACUGGCCCUCUGCCCAAAGCUGCUCGCUCUCUCUGCCAGUUCUCAAAGUUCUUGUUCCUCUCUCUGUUUCUUCACCGCCACCACCUCAAAGUAUAUCUCAAACCAAACCUUACAGUACCUAUACUCUUUCUAGAGAGAGAGAGAGAGAGAGUUUCUCAGAUUUUAGGCCUGCAAGAAAAAGUGUGUGUUUGUGUUUUCCGAAGAAGCUAGAAAGAGAAAAGGAAGGUCUGGUUUUUGCAAUUUUGGGAGCUGAAAAAUACAGGACUUUAAGCGAGCACGUAGGAAAGAGAGAGACUCUGGAGUCUAGACCAAAACUGUUUGACAGAACCAAACACCAUCAUCAACCACAUGAAACAAGAUGACCCAACUUUAAAGAAACUUCCUUGAACUUUUGGUUCCAAGAAGUUCUUCCCAAACUCAGAGAGAUAGAGAGAGGGAGUGAAGUUGAUCUGUUUACUACCAGAUAUAAGAGCAAGAAAAUGGGUUGCUGUUAUUCAACAGUGGAGAGAGAAGAGAUCGUGUCACGGUGCAAAGCAAGGAAGAAGUACAUGAAGCAGCUAGUCAAGGCAAGGCAAGCUUUCUCGGCUGCCCACAGCUUGUACCUUCGGUCUCUUCGCAGUACAGGCUCAGCUCUGCUCCAGUUCGCCAAUGCCGAAACCAAUCUCCACCACCACCAUGCCGCCGAAACCAAUCUCCACCACGACCAUGCCCCACUGCCGCUUCCCCCUCCUGCUUCUCCGCCGCCGCCGCCUCCGCCAAUGAGCCCCAGCUCCGACACGUGGACGUCUAUAACUGCUUCCCCGGCUGUUCCGCCGCCGCCUCCACCUCCGCCAGCGUCGUCCACCUGGGAUUUCUGGGAUCCAUUUGUGCAGCCGCCGUCGUCCGCCGUGACGGAGGAAGAGUUGGAGGAGACCGCGAUGAUGGCUUCGGAGGCUGUGGCCACGGCCACCACUGCCGCAGCGAUCACCACGCCGCCACCUUCGGUGAUCAGUGGGCUCUAUAAAGACACCACCGCCACGAGUGAGCUCGCCAUGGUAGUUUCAAGGAAUAGUAAAGAUCUCGUCGAGAUUGUGAAGGAGCUUGACGAGUACUUUCUUAAGGCCGCUGAUGCUGGUGGUCAGGUCUCCUCGCUCUUGCAAGUUUCAAGCUCUAACUGUUCUGCUCGAGGUAGUAAAGAAGGGAAAGUUUACAAUCAUGGAUUCAGUUUGGGUCCAUCGUUGUGGACAUGGGGUUUGAGUUCAAAAUUGUUUGAUUUUGGGAAGAUUGGUGGGGAAAUGGUGGGAAGUGGAGUUUUGGUUGGGGGUAUUGCCAGCGAAGGUCACUGUUCAACUGUGGAGAGGCUCUAUGCUUGGGAGAAGAGAUUGUACCAGGAAGUCAAGGCUGCAGAGACCAUAAAGAUAGAGUAUGAGAAGAAGAUGGGGCAGCUGAGGAAGCUAGAGGUGAAGAGGGAUGACUAUGUGAAGACUGAGAAGAGCAAGAAAGAGGUUGAAAAGUUGGAAUCGCAAAUGAUGGUUGCUUCCCAGGCAAUAGAAACCACCUCUGCUGAGAUCAUCAAAUUAAGGGAAACCGAACUCUACCCCCAACUUAUUGGCCUUGUCCAAGGAUUGAUGUGCAUGUGGAGAAGCAUGUAUGAGUGCCACCAAGUCCAAACCCACAUAGUUCAGCAGCUGAAAUACCUCAAUACCAUCCCUUCGACUGAGCCAACAUCUGAGAUUCACCGGCAAUCAACGCUUCAGCUUGAGCUUGAGGUCCAGCAAUGGCACCAGUCCUUUUGCUAUCUUGUUAAGGCCCAAAGGGAUUACAUCCAGUUGCUCGCAGGUUGGCUUCGGCUUAGCCUCUUCCAGAUGAGCAAAAAUACUCUAUCUAGAACUGGUGAGGAAUCCAGAAUCUACUCUCUUUGUGAAGAAUGGCACGUUGCAGUUGACCAUAUUCCAGACAGGGUGGCAUCUGAAGGAAUCAAUAGCUUCUUAACAGUAAUCCAUGCCAUUGUGGUUCAACAGGCAGACGAGCAUAAGCAGAAGAAGAAGUCUGAAUGUGCAUUUAAAGACCUCGAGAAGAAAGUGAAUGAGCUUAGAUCACUCGAGAGCAAGUAUGGGGCAUAUUCCACGCCAGAAUCCUAUCUCACUGGAAAGGACCCAGUUGCAGAGAAGAAAGCCAAGGUGGAGAUCUUAAGAGCAAAGGCAGUGGAGGAGAAAACCAAGCACGAAAAAUUGGUCAGCGUAACUAGGGCAAUGACACUGAAUAAUCUUCAGAUGGGCUUCCCACAUGUGUUUCAGGCGGUAGUGGGAUUUUCCAGCGUGUGUACCGAAGCGUUUGAAUCAGUAUACAACAAAGCCAAAAGUGCUGGUGAGGAGCAUGAUGUGAAGAGGAUACUAGCUUGAUCAGGAGAAAACCCAGAUUAGGAAAAACGAGAGUGGUGGUUUUGUGAAUAGAAGUGCGUCGUUUUGGGUGACAAAACUGAACUGCACCGCAGCAGCAGGUUGCAGGAUUCUUCCCUACGCAAGUCCUUUCUGCACAGUAGUUAAAAGUAUAGUUUUUUUUAAAUACAUUUUAUACCUUGGUUUUGUCUUUGCCAUAAGAUAGUUUGCAUGCUUGUAUUUUUACAUCAAUGUUUUGUUUUAUAUUUCUAUUGAAGGGUUUGUGCUUGAUGUGGUUUGUUAUCAUUCUGAUACACUUUGUUUCCUCUACCAGGCAUGAUUUGGUUACCAGGAUAAGAUUGAGUCUAAUCUCAUCUUAUAUAAUCA